AUGUCAUUCUCCUACGACCGCUACGACCGCCGGCAGCAGAGCUCGCGCCGAUCCACGUUCGGAUACUGGGUCCCUCUUGUCAUCACUGUUACCAUCGCCACCGCAGGCGUUGCAGCAUGGAUUUGGAGCGAGCGCAAAGACGGGGACGACGAUGACGACGCAGACCUUAGCUAUGGCGAGGAGGAGCGUACAUACCGUCCGCCGCCUCCAGGCUACGCGGACGAUACAUACUCGGAAUCAGUUGGCGUGACCAGAGAACAGGAUGAAAGUUUUGUGGCGCGCAUGUCUGGAGCUAUUCGUCGCACGCCCAGUCCGCAGCAAAUGUUCGAUAAUGCGAGCAGAAGGCUAGCGCAAGGUGUAACUGCGGCUGGCACCGCAUUUGGCGCUGCCCUCAGCUCUAUCCGCGAGGAGGACCGCGAGGAUUACGGCGACCACUCCAGAUGGUCUGAGGAGGCUACACGCCGACAUGUCGAGGCGCAGUCGUCAGAGAGUGCUAGGGCUGUUGGCGCGCAUACGGAUGCGUUCAACGCGACGCUUCAACCUCCUGCUCAACCUCCACGGCCAGGCGCAAGGAAGAAGACAGUAGUGGUUGUUGUUUCUGCGGACUCUGCCGUAGGAGAUGAUGAUCAUGCGUCGUACCAAGAGAUUCCGUCUAUUCUGUCGCAUUUGUCGCCAACGAACUUUGCGACUACCAACCUUUUUGUUCUCAUCUAUGCGCCGUCGUUGAAGCCCCGAUCCAGGGACAGCAACCAGUCAGGCUCCCUCGGUUCCUCGUACGCCGCCAUCCCUACUCCUGCUCAAACUCCUGGAGACGAGAUGUCGUCUCUUGAGCCGCAGCCAUACGGCAGUGGCCACAACACGCCGAAGUCUGGGAACACCCCAUCCAUGUCAGCCUCAGCCUCUGAAAAUACGCUUUACAGCAGCAUCCAUGCGCGUGCGCUCCGCUUGGUCAAAGACCGGACGAUGGUCAUGCCAUUCACGACGCCCAGUGGCCACGUGCACAUGCUCCGUCAUCUGGCGCCUGACCUAGUCUACGUGACCGAGGAUCUUGCUGGAACUCAGGGAGAAUAUGUCGAGCAAAUCAGAAACUGGGUUGGCCAAGUCAUGAUUGUUGUUGGUGCCGGCGGUGUUGGCCUCGGGCUUGUGGAUACCGAGGACGAAGGUGAGGGCGGCGGGAGAAUCAACGAGAAGAAGUGGUGGGAGACUACUACCAUGGUCGGGCUGGGCAAGGGUGUAGAGGUCGUGGAUGGGUCAAGGCUGAUCGAUGAUUUUGAACGACGGGUCGGUGGUAAGGAAUGA